UUGCAGCAUCCUUUAAUAGAGAGGAUGAUUAAGGGCCUGCUCAUUGUUAACUCAUACGGUGGCUUAAUCUACAACCACAUAAGCACACAAUUCUUCAAUGAAGAGAUUAACAUAGACAAAAUAAUAGCCAUGGCAAGCACAAUAUACACAGCAAUGGAGAUACUUAUACACGAAGGCCUAUGCAAACUCAUAGGGUGCUACAAAAGACUCAGACUAUCCCAUGAAAGGCUCUCAAUUACAGCACUAAAAACACAAACAGGCAUGAUCUUCAUUAUAAUCCAUGAUAACACAGAUAAACCACAAGAUAUCCUAGCAUACACAUCAAAAGCACACAGUCACUUCGUAAACACAGUCUUAUACAGCCCAGAGUACUACGUAGAGGACAGAAUUAAUAAAAAUUUUUUUGCACUGGAAGAUGAAUGA